AUGAUUCGUGUCUGGUACCCAAGGGACAAGACCCUAACGUGCAACAUUGAAGAAACACUCACUUCAGGACGUACUCCGAGUUUCUUAACUUCACUUUGGAUCGCAACUCCCGAUAGAUAUCAUGGCUGCUGUACUAAUCUGGUUAACUGUAUUCACUGGCUUGGCGGUUAUGCUUGUGAUGAGGUCGCUCUUCAGAAUACGACGAAAGGGCGAGCCCCCGCUGGUGUCCGGGCGUUUACUAUGGGGUAACGCCGCUGAGUUCAGCAUGAACGCGGUGAAAUAUUUGCUUGAAUGGCGGAAAGAAUACGGGAAGGUAUUCACCCUCCGGCUCAUCAACAAGCACAUGACCGUCAUCAUGGACCCGCACAAUUACGAGGCCUUUUCCAAGGUGAGGGCGUUCGAUUUCGACCCCAUACAGAAACAAGUGAAUCUGAACGUGUUCAGCUUCGUGUUGAAGGAUGCUCGGAACAUGAUUAAAGAAACGGGGAAGACAGUUCGAGGCCACGCGCUUCAAGCCGGGAUGAAGCAGUUUGCCGGCAAUCUGAGAGACUCUUGCAGGGAUAUAACCAGUACGAUGAAGCAGGAUCACACACCCACGGAGAUCGGACUGCGGACAUUCACCAUGAAGACAAUGUUUACGGCAAUCUUCGACACGGUCUUCGGAAAGUCUAACGGCCACCCCUUCGAGCCAGAGAUGGUCUACCACAGCUUCGAGAUGUACCACAGGUACUUUAACUACCUCUGGUUGGGAUUCCCCCGCGCCCUCUUCCCUAAGGCCGGGAAAGCGUUAGAGAGCUUGUUGUGCCACCCAAAAUCCGGCGAGCUCCUCGGCCGCGAAGACUGCUCCGACUACAUCAAAUAUGCUGUACAGUACAUGUUAGAUCGCGGGCAGAAUGAAGUCGAAAUUCUUGGACACAACCUCGUCUACCUUCAUGUUAACUACAACACGUUCAGGCUUUCCUUCUGGGCACUGGCAUACCUUCUUGAAGACCCAAAAUCGUUCGCGGCACUUAGGAACGAGGUGCGCACGGCCAUUGAAGCCAAGACGGUCACGAGCGAAGACACGGCACUGUUCUCGAUGAAAGAAGUUGAAGAUUUGGACAUACUGAACAGCGUGGUUCAAGAAAGUUUCCGCCUCUCGAGCGGCGUAUUCAUGGUGAGGUACAUCAACGAGGACACCUGGCACGAGGUUGAUGGCAAGAAAAUGCUCUUCCGUCAGGGAGACCGUGUCGCCAUCUAUCCACCAGCUAUCCACAAAGACCCCGAGAUCUUCGAAGACCCGAUGGAAUUCAAGUACGACCGUUUCUGCAACGAAGCCAAAUUCUACAAAGACGGACGGGAACUCAAACAUCCCAUUAUGGCGUUUGGCUCUCUGUGCACGGGACAAAGAUACGCCACGCUCCAGGCCAAGUGGUACCUCAUGAACAUCGUGAAUAUGUUUGAAAUAAACUUGUUAGAAGGCGAGAAAGCAGUUGUGGAUGUGCAGUAUCAUGGCCACGAAAUCCUACCACCAGUCAAUGACGUCAAAUGCAAUUUCAGCCUCGCGAAAUCGUUCAACCCAAUCGAUUUCUCCGAUUGAUCACCCCGGCAGUGAAGUGAGGUGGUUACGCAGUCUUUCAAAAUGGACAUUCGUGUCUUCAAAAAAUGGUGGCUAAGCAGUGAAGAGGACUCCGUGAGAGGUGGCCAUACUGCGCAUGACUGGUUCCAGGUCGACAGCGCCCCUAGCGCCGUGGAUUGGAAAUGAACGGACAAAAAAUACUCAUUUAAAGGAUUACUGUUGUGUGACUGGGAGCGGUUUAAAAAACUGUCGAAUCGGAUGGUUGUAUAUUUUGUACAUAUACCAUGAAUACCUCUGUAUUUCGGAUAUAGAUGGACAAUGGACAGACACUUCCCAUGAACAUGGACUCACAAUGUAUGACAUAUCACUGACCUGUACACGAGAUUGAAUACAGCCAGGCUGCGACAAUUUCAAUCUCGUGGGUGGUCGCUCUUUCGUUGUUCGACUAAACAUCAAUGGUGUUUUGUGCAAUUUCUGACUCGUAAUAACUGGUUUAUUUAGUCAAAGGAGUCAUUUAUAUGUUUAGUGGGCUGUUCGAAAUAAUUUCCAGAAUUGCAUUUGUGACUUUCCACAUCUGAGGCUUGUUUGAUAUUAUAUAACAUCUUUCCAACCGGAGGCAAUAGUUCACACUUCCUAUUGUAUUGGCCAAUCAGAAGUUGUCAAUUUUUUUUCUUCGUCUUUGGCACAGGAAAGUUGACUACUAGCUUGUGAUUGGCCUAUUGGACAGGAAGUCUUAAACACUAUACUUUAGGGAAGAUUUGGGUGAUUUGACUGGGGUAAUGAUAUGACGACCGAUUUUGCACUGUGCUGGUCGCAACGGGGACAUUGACGGAGGAAGCCUCAGUUGUGGACACGUCGCCCUUUAAGCUCCCUAAAACUUUUAAGGGUGCAUCAUUUCAUGCUUUGUUUGGUUGAAUUUGAGCAGUUUGCCAAGAUGAAUCAAACAAUCGUCUUUCUGGAUGGGAUCUCAUCUUCGCCGGGCGAUUUCGUUUGAAUCAAAGCUGAGCCAAGUUCGAUUUUCAUUAUGAGAUUAAUUCUUCGGUGGGUUAACAUUUUACAUGUGAAUGUACAUACCUGCAUCUUCUGCUAAGAAGCACCUCAAUGGCGAUAUGCAAACUACGUCAGCAAAUUAUACCCAUGACGCGAUGCAUAUAGAGUAUAUCGUCAUCGAUUCCAGUUGUCGUCACAUGUGUUUGCUGGUAGAUGUGAGUACUUUGAUAUAAACUGUUUCUUUAAGGCUUUAACAUUAAAUCAUUAGACUAUUCAGUAAUUGACCAAACAUAUUACACACGCGUGUGAUCAUGAACAAAUUGUUUGUUGUAAAGAUGCAGACAUUUAAAAUUGGGACUCACAUUCGAUGCUCCGCGGAGCUCUCUCACGUGAUUGAGGUACGGAAACAUUUGAACCAGUCUUAAACAAAACCAUGAGCAUCUCAGCAUUGAUCAAAAUCUUGUGCAGAUGAUAAAAAACCAAAAAGGUCAAAGAUGUUGUUGUUGCUGUAAUUCUAUUGUACAACAAGAAUAAAUCUGUCAAUUUAUUGUUUUGACGCAUCGGUCGAAUUGUUCCCAGGCCUCCGGAAUCUAAGUACAACGUCUGCAGUUUUUAUGUUUUUCGCACCAGGCAAAUGCAUUUAGGGAUUCCAUUGGUGUAUGUAAUUCUUUGUAACUAUUUAUUUAUUUAUUACUAAAUUAUUAUGUCUUGGUCAAAUGGGGUCAGGGACGCCGCCAUGAUUAAUUUAUUGAGGCAAGUGUUGAGUUACAGAUGACUUGUUAGUAAUGGAUGAGACAGGGAUGACGCUUGAUUUUCGUUGUCUGACCUUGGGUGGAUAAGGUAAAAUGGGGCAAAGCUAUUACUGCUGUUGGACUUUAUUCAAACACUCGAGAAUUGUGAAUGAAACACACAACUGUAAAAUAUCGCGCGAACAGUAUUUUUCCCUUGAAGGGUACAGGGCCAUCAUUAUAUCGUGGUAUUGACGUAUAGGAUAACUCGUUGGCUCUAGAAGUUAACCGCUAUGGUGUCGCCAUCUAGGGCAGCGGGCGGGGUUGGCUUUGCCCCCAUUUUACCUUAUCCUCUUCAAUUCGGAAAUACCUCAGAACCUGGUGUGCAAGGGAUAGUAGUCCUAGGGCUGAUAGUCCGUGUAACAAUAGCCCGCAUUGCUAAAUGUUUUGGUUAGGGUUAGCGGUACAAUAGAUCAUGCUGCCUAAUUGGUCAAAUACAAUGCUACCGGACUAUGACUCCAGGGGGACUAUAUCCGCUGUCACACCGGUUGUUUAAACCGCACUAACAUUGACAUUGCCUCUCUCAAGAUUACGUCGAAUUAACGCAAUAUGUAGUGACUCCGAAAUGAACCGAGCCAAGCCACGAUCAACCUACCUCACGUGGGUGUCAACUGGGCGGAUGAGUGGACACCAGAAAGACCUUAAUCUGAAAUCGAUUAAUUUGCUGAGAUUAGAAGAAGAAAAAUCGAGAUUGUUGGUCUUCUUUCCAAUCAUAAUGGCUAAUUUCUGCAUCACCGGAGCUGUGCUCAAAAUAGCCAAUCAAAAGACGCCAUAAAGUGGACGUCAUACUUUGGACACUUCCGGUCGAGUCGCAGAUUUCCGAAAGCAGACGUUGACCGGAACUGACACAAAAAGAGAACCUUCUGAUUGGCUCGUUGCAAAUGGGCACACCGGCGAUGCACACUUCGGCACUUUUGAUUGGACAGUCUACCAAAACUAACCUAAAAUUUUCUUUCAAAAAUGAAUUGUGCUUUACGUGCUUUCGGAAAUGGGAAGAAGUCAAUUUUAGGCUGACGAACAAAUGUUAAUAUAUUGCAAAUGGAAUUGAACUGGGUCGGGAUGAGACAGCGGGGGAGGGGCUAGAUAUCGAACAGGAUUCCAUGGCCUGGAUUAUUAUAACUGUGAUCUCCUUGUUAUCGUCUGCUAGUGUAUUUGUAUAUUUCGUUUCCAUGUUUGCUUUGGUCGAUUUGGAGUCAAAAUGUAGCUGCAUGUGCUAAAUAACGGUUGUGUAACAAUCCGACCCCCAUUGUCAGGCUCGACCGAAAUGUUGAACUGGCCUUAAAGCUCUUUUCUUCAAAUAAAGGGUUCAUAGUCAGAAAAGGCGGCGUCCAUUUUUCUCAGUCCUGUUUUUGAAACUUCACGGAAGUCUAAAUGUAUGUUUACAUAGGUUGAUGUACGUACAGCUCCCCCAAUCUUAGGGUGGAUUGGACUUCAGCGGACGGCGCAUCCAUGUUCCUUGCUCCCAGGUAUCAUCAAACGUACUCUGGGAACCAGGAUAUCUCCAUGGUGUCGUCUGAACCUUUUUUUUUACAAAACCGUAAAGGGAGUUGCUUGGUAAUACAUGUAUAUCUUUAUCAAUACUGCACAAGUAUUGCUUUCAUUCUUUUCGUUUUCGCACCAAGCGCCUCCUGUUGGUUUUUAUCGAAACCAGAGGCGCCAGUGCUUCGACCGGAACCGGAAACGAAGCAUAGUGACCUCUGGCGGUGCAGUCGGGUUUAUAAAUAACCCUCACUCUGGUGAAUCUCACGUUGUCUUUUAGAAUUAGACGAUUCAACACGGUAUUAUAAAAUGCCAGUUGCAAAAUUAGACAAAAACUAUAACAUGACCAUCCAUGCCGUUGUACGACACUGGAUUUAUACUGAGUGUUAAUUCCUUUAAACUAUAUAAUUUGCAUAACUAAGGUAGUUACCAAGGAGCCAAGCCCAUGAGAAGUAAGAACCUAUAAUGUAUAAUGUCCGCUUGAAAUCUAAUGGGCCUUCGGUUUGACUCGGUGGUUGGAUCAGUGACACUAAGAAUCUCUGGGCAUUGCCAAUGUCAAGGCCAGUGUUCAAGGUUGAUCUUUGAUCGAGGUCGAAGUUCAAGGUCGAACACCGGUGAAGGUCAAUGUCCAAGGUCGAACUACCUGUAGUUCUUUUCACACUGCAUUUUCUCCAUCCGAAAAUGCAUCAUACAUUCCACGUAUAUAUGUAAAUUAACACAUAUCACGUCAUAGACUCAUUGCCAUAGUUAUUGUUUGUAAAUAAACUAAUAUAAUCCAUCUACAGGGUGAUCAACUCUGGAGAUGACAAAGUUUCUGUAAAUAUUCGUAAACUGUGCUCCAAAACCGUUACGGCUAUUUAUUGUUGUAAAUUUAUUGUUUAAUAAUGAUGCCAAUUUAAAGAUAUAUAUAUUAUUUUGCUGGGACACUUGUCGGAUGUAUUUUAAUUUUAAAACUACAUUAUAGGGUGGAACAUUUUGAUACGUUGAUAAAAUAAACUUGUAAAAUGA